AUGUCUCGCAGAAGAUUGUUAAUUGGCGGUGCGGCGGGCGUCGCGGGCGCAGCUCUCACAGCUUGGGCGGUAGCAGCGGAUGAUUCACCGGCGCAAUGGUACAAAGCGACGACGGUAUCAGCGAAGACGGAACGCAAGAAGCGACCUCUACCGUCGCGCGACCAUCAAGUCGCCUCCUUACAAGCUGGACAUACCUUCGACAUCCUUAUUAUUGGAGGAGGUGCGACCGGUGUGGGAUGUGCACUGGAUGCCACUACAAGAGGUCUUCGCACAGCGUUAGUCGAGGCCGAUGACUUCGCCAGUGGAACCUCAAGUCGUAGUACGAAGCUCAUCCACGGAGGAGUGCGGUACCUUCAGAAGGCUAUCAUGCAACUGGAUUACGACCAGUACAAGAUGGUGAAGGAGGCGCUUCACGAACGAGCCAACAUGUUGGAAGUAGCACCACAUCUGACGCGACCAUUGCCUAUAUUGUUGCCUGUUUAUAAAUGGUGGCAAGUCCCCUACUAUUGGUUCGGUAUCAAGAUGUACGACGUGGUGGCUGGCGAUAGAAACGUAAAGAGUUCGUACUACUUGUCUAAGAAGAACACUCUUGAAUUGUUCCCCAUGUUGAAAUCCGACAACCUGUGCGGUGGCAUCGUGUAUUAUGAUGGACAACAGGACGACGCGCGAAUGAACUUAGCGAUAGCAUUGACGGCGGCCCGCCAUGGCGCCACCAUCGCUAACCACGUCAGUUGUAGCAAGCUGUACAAGACCAAUGGCAAGCUUAGUGGGGCUAGACUAAAGGACGAGCUGACGGGCAAGGAAUGGGACGUGAAAGCAAAGUGUAUAAUCAACGCGACGGGCCCCUUCACAGAUAGUAUCCGCAAGAUGGACGACUCCACCGUCAAGGACAUCUGCUGCCCCUCGUCCGGUGUUCAUAUUGUGUUGCCUGGAUACUAUAGCCCAGAGCACAUGGGUCUCCUAGACCCGGCCACAUCGGACGGGCGUGUGAUCUUCUUCCUCCCCUGGCUGAAGGGUACUAUCGCGGGUACCACGGAUUUGCCCUGCAACGUCACACACAACCCUAAACCCACUGAAGACGAGAUCCUCUUCAUCCUCACCGAAGUCAAGAACUAUCUGAACCCUGAUGUUGAAGUCCGUCGCGGCGACGUACUGUCGGCGUGGUCGGGCAUCCGUCCGCUGGUGUCGGACCCCAACAAGCCGGACACGCAGUCGCUGGCGCGCAACCACAUCGUGCACGUGUCGCCCGCCGGCCUCGUCACCAUCGCCGGCGGCAAGUGGACCACCUACCGGGCCAUGGCCGCUGAGACUAUCGACGCGGCUAUUGAGAGCGCUAACCUGAAGCCUCUGUACAAGGAGUGCCAGACUGAUGGGUUCCUAAUAGAGGGCGCGCACGGCUGGACGCCCACCAUGUACAUUAGAUUAGUACAAGAUUUCGGAUUGGAGAUGGAAGUAGCACAACACUUAGCCAAGUCGUACGGUGACCGUGCGUUCGCGGUCGCUAAGAUGGCGGCCAUGACAGGCAAGAGAUGGCCUAUCAUCGGCAAGAAGGUUCACCCCGAGUUCCCUUACAUUGAUGCUGAGAUUAGGUAUGGUUGCCGCGAGUAUGCUCGUACUGCAGUAGAUAUGAUCGCGCGCCGCCUGCGGCUGGCCUUCCUCAACGUGCAGGCCGCCGCCGAGGCACUGCCCACCAUCGUCGACAUCAUGGCUGAGGAACUCAACUGGAACGAGGCUGAGAAAAAGAAACAAAUUAAAGAUGCCAGUGACUUCUUAGCCAACGAGAUGGGACAGAUGGUGAACCGCGCCAGUCGCGACAAGAUCCCGAUCAACCUCAGCAAGGACGAGAUCCAGACCUACAUCAAACGGUUCCAGAUCAUCGACAAAGACAGGAAAGGUUUCGUCUCCAUCAACGACAUUAGGAGGAGUCUUAAGAACUACGGCGAGGAGGUCACCGGCGAACAAUUGCACGAAAUACUGAAAGAGAUCGACACUAACAUGAACGGACAAGUCGAACUCGACGAGUACUUGCAGAUGAUGUCUGCCAUCAAGUCUGGUCACGUGGCAUACUCUCGGUUUGCGCGCAUGGCUGAGAUGGAGGAAGAGCACCAUGAACAGGAGAUGUUGAAGAAGCAGAUCUCUGUCGAGAGGAGUGGCGGUGGCCUGUAG